AAAGGCGUUAUGCCACAUUAAUCAGCCUUCACGUGUUUCUUCUAUUUUGUUUACAAAUUGUCUUCAAGCAAAAUGCAGCCCUUUGCCGUGCCGACCUGGGAAAAUGGAGCUGAGAUUAUGAAUUUUAAGACUGCAAAGCCCGCGGGAAAUGGAGUCGCCGCCACCAAGAAGCCAAAGAAAAAGAAACCCAAAAAGAAAGACAAGACUGCCAAGACCAAGACCCCCAAGGCGGCCGACAAAUUCACUUACCGGCAAGGCGCUGGACCACUGGCACCGCCCUCCAGAAACUCCUCCAACUCCUCAGAUGACGAUGACGACGACAUGGAAGAUGGCAUCCGUGCCAUGCACAAAGUGAGAGUAGGAAGAAUCGAGAAGCAGCGUCCGCCCACGCAGGCCGCAAAAGGCGGCAAAAAGGAACUGAAACUGAAGCCAGAACUCGCCCAAGCAGCCGUGGAGGCCAUGGAGACGGCACCCUCACCUGCACCAACCAGCUCGCUGGCCAGCAAACUCCAAACCGAGCUCCUGGGCGGCCGCUUUCGGUACAUCAAUGAGCAGCUCUACUCGGUGACCAGCCGCAAGGCGGAAGCUUUGUUCGGCAAGGAUGCCUCUGCCUUUGAGGCCUACCACGCCGGCUACCGUCAGCAGGUGGAGAAGUGGCCUCUCAAUCCCUUGAAUCGCUUCAUCAAGACUAUCAAGAAGCUGCCUAAGUCGGCCGUCAUUGGGGACUUUGGCUGUGGUGAGGGAAAACUAGCCGAAUCCGUGCCAAACAAGGUGCACUCCAUGGAUCUGGUGGCCGCCAGAGGGGACAUCAUUGCCUGCAACAUUACGGAAACCCCGCUGCAGGCUCAGAGUUUGGAUGUGGCUGUGUACUGUCUCUCCUUGAUGGGCACCGAUCUGAACGAGUUCUUCCUGGAGGCCAACCGGGUGCUAAAGCUGCACGGGAAUGUGUACAUAGCGGAGAUUCAGUCGCGCUUCGAGGAUGUGCGGCAGUUUGUGCGCUGCCUGAGUGCCUGCGGCUUUGAUAUGGUCAAGAAGGACGUGGCCGUGAACUACUUUUACUUCUUUCAAUUCAAGAAGAUGCGGCAUGUGCCCAAGACCACCAAGCUGAAGCCGUUCUCCCUGAAGCCCUGCCUAUAUCGCAAGCGAUAAAGGUUAGAGGAGAUUUGUUUUCUAUUUAAAUCUGAGUUAAUUGAGGCUUUGGAUUAUUCAGUAAAAAUGGUUGAUUUUGUAAACAAUUUUAUAGAUUGAUAAUGAUUCAUAAGCCGCUAAGUUUGGCUGGAAAUCUGAGGCGGAAACAGCUUAUAAAGAUAAUGACAUAGAUGAUACAUUAAACUUAAUGUAGGAACCAACGCAAUAAAUGUUGAAAAUUUAAAA